GUUAGAUGAGAUAAGUCGGACAACAUAUCGUCCCGGAAAUAUAAUUAUUUUCCAUUUAGUCGUGUUAAAGUAAAGUGGAAGAUAGUUAAAUGAAAGGAAUUAGCUGUAUAAAGUGCACUUCGAAGGAUUCAGAGUAUUGAGCGUGCAUGAGAAGACUAUAUUUAGACAAUCAUAAGACAUAGACGACAGCAUAUUUCCCAAUGGCUGAGAAUAAUUUCCCUCCUCUGCCGUCGUUUAUUCCUCUGAAGCCAUGUUUCUACCAGGACUUUGAGGAGAUACCAGAGCAGCACCGCAGCAUGUGCAAGAAAAUUUACUACCUCUGGAUGUUGUACAGUGCCACUCUGGUGGUGAAUUUUGUAGGUUGUAUGGCUUGGAUGUUCGGUGGAGGAGGAGUGACAAACUUUGGCAUGUCCAUCAUGUGGCUGAUCCUCUUCACUCCAUGUUCCUACGUGUGUUGGUUCAGACCUGUCUACAAGGCCUUCAAGACAGACAGCUCCUUCAACUUCAUGGCUUUCUUCUUCGUCUUCAUGGCUCAGGUUGCUAUCAGCAUCAUCCAAGCCAUUGGGAUUCCAGGAUGGGGGGUCUGUGGCUGGUUAGGCACUAUUGUCUUCUUUGGCACAAGCAUCUUUGCCUCCAUCAUCAUGCUCAUUCCGACCAUCAUGUUUACGGCUGUAGCGGUUUUGUCCUUCAUCGCUCUUACUACGGUUCAUAACCUGUACCGGGGCAGUGGAGGCAGCAUGAGUAAGGCUCAGGAGGAGUGGGCUACAGGCGCCUGGAAAAACCCACACGUUCAGGAGGCCGCUCAGCAAGCCGCCCUGGGAGCCGCCCAUGGAGCCAUGGAGGCGCAGGAUCCGUCCAACACACCCAACUACAGCAAUCAGAUGUUAAUACAGAAUGAAAUAUAAAGCAAACACAAGUGCAGAGACUUGCCAAAAAAGCAGGCCAGGAAUGUUGGCCGUCGCAUCUUACAGAUAGAUCAAGACAGCUUUGGGCAGCGCUCUUCUGGAAUAAAAUGUGUAUUCAGUUGGGAGUCUGAUUUCUGGUUUUCUUUAGUUGGAAAAACUGCAAUGGCUUGUAAUUGUGUGGUUCUUUAGCUCCUUUGUAUUUGGAUGGAAAAGCAGACAGAUUUGUCAUAGUCUCUUUCUUUGACUUCUUUGUAUGUUGUAAGCUGGGUUUUAUUAAGUUACUGAGGGAAGAAAAAAAAACGUACACAAUUGUCUGUUGUGACAAAAAUGUGGGUUAAUGAUGUCACUGUACGACUCAAUACAUGUGACUACUUAAUAUCCUGAACAGUUUUGAAACUGAAACACAAUAUUUCAUACAAUUAACGUACUAAACUUCUAAUUAUAAUGUAACGUCAACUAUCAAGUUUGUAACCAAAAAAAAAAAACAAAACAUUUUCUUUUAGGUGCUGACUAACUAUACCAACGAUAACUCUUUAAAUAUUUAGCAUUUAGUUGUUUAAUACUUAUCAUCUAGUUUGAAUGUGAGUGUAGUCCUAUCCCUGCUAGGGUUUGCCGUUAUGUCCUGAGCAUCAUUUCAUCCUAAACACUU